AAUCAACGAACUGCCCAAGAUUGAGAUACUAUAUCUUCUCCCCACACCCCCUUAAACGCCUAUCUCUUCAGGUGCUUUUAAUUUGAUCUACUAUAUAUAUAUAUAUACUCCUAUAUAUAUAUAUUAUCCAUCCCAUUCCUCUGCUCUUUGCUCUAUAAUUGCUAUUUGACUGACUGCCAAACUGCUUUGUUGUGGAAAACUGAACUAUCUCGCUCUACAAUUACCUCUUGAGUUUUCCUUUCAUCCCCCACUCUUUCAAUGGCCUUGUUGGAAACUGUCUAGUUUAGUUUGUAGCCAAACUAUUGCCAGUUCUUGUUCGUAAUUUUCCUUUUUUCUCAACUAUAGUUCGUAGUAAUUAGUUGGCCCACAACUUUUUUGGCCAUUUCAAGUAUUAUUGGAAAUCUAUUUUAAGUAGUUUGCUUCUUCACCUAGAAUUUAGCUUACUUAAUUAGGCCUGUUCUUGUUUUCACGUUUGCCAACAUUUUGCAAAGGUGAAUUAGUUAAUGUUUUCUAUAAUAUUUUCUUUUUGGUGAUAUUUUAAAGAAAUUGUAGUUUGGAUUACUUGGAAUGUUGCUUAAAAAUAUACUUUUAUAUUUAAGCAAUAAACUAUUUAACUAGUUAACUAUGUAUUUUAAGUAGUGAUUAUGUUAUUUGUUAUGUUGUUUUAUUUUAAAAAUGUUUUUAAAUAGAUUUGGAAGGUCAUUAAUAUUUUUCAUAUAUUUAUCAAGCAAUUAUGAAGCUGCGCUAACUGAUGUUUUAAUGUAGAAAACAAGCUUAGAAAGUUAGUGGAAUAAUCUUUGAUUAUCUAUAAGAUAAGAAAUAUUUCUUGCUAUUAUUUAGUUUAAUCUAGCUAAAAUAAGCGCUUGCAAAAUGAAAGUGAAGACCAGAACAGGCCUCUAAAGUUUAAGGAAUAAUCAGCCACCGCCUGAAAGUAUGCACCAUAACCGAAACAUUGAAUGAUUGACAGCUGUUUGAGAGAGAAAGAGUAUCUUUGGGAUUCGUUGUUCUCUUAGAUACUUGGUGUUGUUAUCAACUAUUUGCCAUUUGACUGACAGCUGCUUAUCAGAGAGCAGAAAGGGUGGAUGUGGGGCACCCAGCUGUUUGACUUAUUCGCCGGCGAAACUUUAAUUGUUUGACUUCAGGCCACAGGGGAGGAGGUGGGCAGCAUUAAAAUAAGGGCAAAAUGAAAAACUUUGAAAAUCAACAUAAUUAUGGCUUGCACAUUUUUCCGUUUACGAUGGGCAUUAAAAUGCUUUCAAACUGCUAAAGUUUCCCUUGAAGUUUUCCGGAGUUUAUAAACUGAAACUCAACUUAAUCGAGAUCGCUGAGAAUGCACAGGCAUAUUGUUCUCUCUCUCUUUCACUAUGAGGGGCUUAUCGCUCUCUAUUUUUAUUCUGUUUUUGAUUUUUUUUUUUCGAUAAUAUUGCGCCGCUAAUUGACACCGCUCGCCUUGGCCGAGUGGCAAAGCUCUCCGCGGCGAUGGCUCAGUGCUCGACGCGGCUCCAUGCGAGCCAAGCGGGAAUCGUUCGCUCCGAAACCGCCUACACCGCGAGAAAAGAGGGUACCUUAGCUCGGAAAAAAAAAUUAAUAAAUGCAAAAGUCUUCGCGGAGAGAUUAGAUAGUUGCGUGAGUAAGUGAGUGAGUUUGGAGCAUGUGGAUACCCCCCGAACCGCGGAGCAAGUGCAUCUGGAGCUGACCAUGUACUUCGAGACCAAUUGGGUGUUUCACCAGCCGCGUAGUUGGAUCGAGACAAAUUUCCAGAAGCGCGAGUGCAUCAAGUUCAUACCAUGCCCAAAGGACGAUGCAAAAUGCUGCUGUGGUCAGGCCCAGAUCACACAUCAAACGAUUCCGGGCAUCGAGAGCGGAUCGCCCGGAGACCUUUGGCUGCCCACAAAGCACACCCGGCCGCAGCCCACAGAUGCCUAUGGUACCAUCGAGUUCCAGGGCGGUGCCCAUCCCACAAAGGCUCAGUAUGUACGCCUGUCGUUCGACACGCGGCCAGAGCUGCUGGUGCAACUAUUCACCAAGGAAUGGAAUCUGGAAUUGCCAAAACUUUUGAUCACCGUGCAGGGCGGCAAGGCCAACUUUGAUUUGCAGGCCAAGCUGAAAAAGGAGAUACGCAAAGGACUGCUGAAGGCGGCCAAGACCACGGGUGCCUGGAUAUUUACCGGCGGCACAAACACCGGCGUUACCAAGCAAGUGGGCGACGCCCUGCUACUGGAGGGUCAACAGCGGACAGGACGCGUGGUCAGCAUCGGCAUCGCCCCCUGGGGCAUUGUGGAGCGCAAUCACGAGCUGUUGGGUCACAACCGCGAAGUGCCCUGCCACAGCAUUAGUUCGCCCAGAUCCAAGUUGGCGGUGCUUAACAAUCGCCAUGCCUACUUUCUGCUGGUGGACAAUGGUACCCAGGCCAAGUAUGGCGCUGAAUUGAUACUGCGUCGCAAACUGGAGAAGUUCAUAUCCAACCUGAAGCUACAUCCAUCAAAGAAUCACUGGCUUAAAACAAACGUCACACAUUCCAGUACGCCCGUCGUCUGCCUGGUGAUCGAGGGCGGCACCAACACGAUACGUGCGGUCCUCGAGUACGUGACGGACUCGCCGCCCGUUCCGGUUGUCGUAUGUGACGGAUCCGGGCGUGCCGCCGACCUGCUCGCCUUCGUCCACAAAUACGCCUCGGAUGGCGAGGAACAGCCGGUGCUGGAGUCUAUGCGGGACUAUCUCAUUGGGACCAUACAGAAGACCUUCGAGGUGGGCCUGGACCAAUCCGAGAAACUCUAUCAGGAGCUGUUGCAGUGCACGAGGAACAAGAAUUUGAUUACCGUCUUUCGCAUACAGGAAAAGCCCGAGGGCGAGGCACAGGAGCUGGAUCAGACCAUCUUAACGGCCCUCUUCAAGUCGCAGCAUCUCAGUCCUCCAGAGCAAUUGAGUCUUGCGUUGACGUGGAAUCGGGUGGACAUAGCGCGCAGCGAGAUAUUCGUUUAUGGCCAGGAAUGGCCCAAUGGCGCCUUGGACGAGGCCAUGAUGCAGGCCCUGGAGCACGAUAGAAUCGAUUUUGUCAAAUUACUCCUGGAGAAUGGCGUUUCGAUGAAGAAAUUUUUAACAAUACCGCGCCUCGAGGAGCUCUACAAUACCAAACACGGUCCGGCCAAUACAUUGGGCUACAUCCUGCGCGAUGUCCGACCCCACAUACCCAAGGGCUACAUUUACACGCUUCACGACAUCGGCCUGGUGAUCAAUAAACUAAUGGGCGGCGCAUAUCGAUCCUAUUACACGCGCCGCAAAUUCCGGCCCAUCUACGCCAAGGUUAUGAACAGCUAUGCAAACGCCUGCCGUAAGUCCUCCACCUACCAAUACCAGCGAUAUGCCGGAGCCAAUUCGCUGAGCCUGGUCACCGGUUUGCUGCCAUUCACCUCGGAAAUGGCCCUCUUCGAGUUCCCCUUCAACGAGCUGCUGAUUUGGGCCGUGCUGACCAAGCGACAGCAGAUGGCGUUGCUGAUGUGGACACACGGCGAAGAGGCUCUGGCUAAGUCUUUGGUAUCCUGCAAGCUGUACAAGGCCAUGGCCCAUGAAGCGGCCGAGGAUGACCUGGACACGGAGAUCUACGAGGAACUGCGAUCCUAUGCCAAAGAGUUUGAAAGUAAAGGCAACAAGUUGCUGGACUUUAGCUACCGACAGGAUGCUGAGAAGGCCCAAAGGCUGUUAACCUGUGAGCUGCAUUCGUGGUCAAAUCAGAGCUGCCUUUCCUUGGCUGUGGCGGCCAACCAUCGUGCCCUGCUGGCUCAUCCCUGCAGUCAGGUGAUCCUGGCGGAUCUCUGGAUGGGUGGCCUGCGAACCCGCAAGAAUACCAACUUUAAGGUCAUCUUGGGCUUGGCGAUGCCCUUCUACAUCAGGCAGCUGGACUUUAAGUCCAAGGAGGAGCUGCAACAGAUGCCGCAGACUGAGGAGGAGCAUCUGGAGAACCAGAAUCUGGACAAUGAUGACUCAGAUCGUUCCCAGCCAGAUGCUGAGUGCAAGCUAAUGCCAGCUGAAAACAGUUCGCCCUCCUUUAAGAGUGCCUCGAACUCAACAGAUGCUCUAUUGGCGGAUACUUACUCAGUGCGCGAUACAAAAGUACACGAAAAUGGCAAAGUUAAUCUCACUGCUGGAGCGGAAGAACAGCCCUCCAAAGUCUCCCUCACCGACUCGGAUCCAGCCCAGUUCAGGGAGUUCUUCAAUCUCUCCGAGUACAACGAGGUGAAACAGCACCAGCCGCUGCGCCUGAAGAAGAAGUUCUAUGAGUUCUAUACGGCGCCCAUAACCAAGUUCUGGGCCGAUUCGAUUGCCUAUAUGUUCUUUCUCAUAAUGUUUUCGUUCACUGUGCUGGUGAAGAUGGACCAGAUGCCGCGGUGGCAAGAGUGGUACUCAAUAGCAUAUAUCACAACGUUGGGCUUCGAAAAGGUGCGCGAAAUAAUAUCCUCCGAACCGGUGGCCAUUACGCAUAAAUUCUCGGUGUGGGCGUGGAAUAUGUGGAAUCCGUGCGACGGUGCCGCCAUUAUACUCUUCGUCAUUGGUCUGGCAUUUCGAUUCCGGGAGAACACCAUGGACAUUGGCAGGGUCAUCUAUUGUGUGGACAGCAUCUACUGGUAUCUGCGCAUCCUGAACAUUCUGGGAGUGAAUAAAUAUCUGGGUCCUUUGGUCACCAUGAUGGGUAAAAUGGUGAAGAACAUGAUAUACUUCGUGGUCCUCUUGGCCGUCGUCUUGAUGAGUUUUGGAGUCAGCAGACAGGCGAUCCUGUACCCCAACAAGCAACCCACCUGGAGUCUAAUCAAAGAGGUCACCUUCCAGCCCUACUUCAUGCUGUACGGCGAGGUGUUCGCCGGCGAUAUCGACCCUCCCUGCGGCGAGGAUCCCAGCCAGCCGGGCUGCGUCACCGGACACUGGGUAACGCCGAUAACCAUGUCCAUGUAUCUCUUGAUUGCCAAUAUUCUGCUGAUAAAUCUGCUCAUCGCCGUGUUUAACAACAUCUUCAACGAGGUCAACUCGGUUUCGCAUCAGGUCUGGAUGUUCCAGCGGUUCACCGUUGUGAUGGAGUACCAGCAGAAGCCUGUCCUACCGCCGCCCUUCAUUGCGCUGUGCCAUUUCUAUUCGCUGCUCAAGUACUGUGUGCGAAAGGCGAAAGGAUUGGAGGUGCAGCGGGACAAUGGUCUCAAGCUGUUCUUGGAAAAGGACGACCUGGAGCGGCUGUACGACUUCGAGGAGGAGUGCGUGGAGGGCUUCUUUCACGAGCAGGAAAUCAUCCUUAAUCAGUCGACAGACGAGCGGGUGAAGAACACCACGGAGCGGGUGGAGACCAUGUCUCAGAAAAUCGAGGACAUCAAUCAGAAGGAAAACAUACAGACAGCCACCGUUCAGAACAUCGAGUUCCGAUUGCGGAAAAUGGAGGAGUCCUCGGAGCAGAUACUCUCCCAUUUGGCCGUCAUACAUCGCUUCAUGUCGACACACACCGCUGGCACGGAUGAUUUGCGCGGCUCAACGAUAAACAUUCCGGCCGAGAUGCAGCGCAUGCGCACCAUUUCCAUUUCGGAUACGGAGGCUGGAGGUGCACCGGGCGGUAAUGGAGGUAGUGCUGGAGGAGGAGGCGGUGGAGCCAUGUUACCACUUGGUCUGGGCGCUGGACUGAAUUUAAAUUCGCUGCAGGUGACCACCCGGCGUCGUUUCAAUCGUUCGUUAACCGAAGUCCGCCCGGAUGCCUACAUCUUCGACGAGGGCACCCACUUUGAGGUUGUGCCGCUGCCAGAGGAACCGGACGAAGUGGUCAAGUCGCGUGAGGCACUCAAUGAGCAGGUGGUGCGCAAGGCGUCAAUGCAAUCGGAGGCCGACUCGGACAUCUACCUUCCGCUCUCGCAGCGACCAUCGACAUGUGAGACGGUCAAGCGGACUCCUUAUGUGACUGUGCGACAGGAUACGGGUGCCAGCACGGAGAGUAAGGACACCCUCACGCCGAUGGGCAACAACGAUGAUGACCAGACGCUCGUGGGAGGCGACAAUUCCGAUGAUGCCGCUCCAGACAUCAGUUUUGAGGCUGCUAGGCAUCGGGCCUUGCGUCAGCGGACUGUAUCCUUAUGCCGGCGCAAUUCGGAGACGUACUCCCUGACCGGAGCGGACAUCAAUCGGUCCCACAUCAGCCUCAACCAGUUGGCAUCGUUGUCCCGCCGUCAGAUGAGUCUAACGCAGUCGGAACCGGACAGCGACAAGGAUGCACCCAUAGGCCAGGGAUCCGGACAUCCGGGUAAAUCAGUAUUGCAUGCGAAACCCUCCAGAAAUAUCUUGCUGAAACUACACAGCGAGUACACCUCGAUCACGGACGAGCUGGAGAGCGUCUGCCACAUGAUAGCAUCGCCGACAGUCUCCCUGCCAAGUAACAAAGCUUCCUUGGACCGCCCCAAAACGGAAAUGUCACGGGCCGAAGCUGCGGCUUUGCUGGAGAAGAUGCAUCUGAAGGAGUGCGAGGAGAACGACUACAAGAUUCUGGAGGGACUGAUAGAGUCACGCGGCUCCAUCGAUGCCAGCGCCCAGGGCUUUGGGAUCGACGUAUCCAUAGACUACAGCCAUCGCUAUCCGCUGCGACGCGAGACUGCCGUGGAGCUGUCACCUUCAAAGCCCUCUGUCGAUGGCGACCUGAUGAGCGGUGGCGGAGGUGGCGGCGCCGGCGGAGGCGAUAGUAGCGAUACUAGCGGAGCUGGUAGCUGCGGUGCCAUGGUCGUCGUCUCGAGUGGCUUUCAGUUAAAGAACGAACGGCCCUGGCAGCGCAAUUCCUCGAUGGAGCAGCAAACUUAUCCCUCACCCUUGGUGCCCACGCGGGCCACUAGUGACUUUCUUAAUCCACCGUACGAGGGCAGCGGCCGGCUUUUUAAGAAGUCCAGUGAAAGUCUGCAGAAAAAUUCUAGCACGGAGACGGAUUAUUCGGCUCACCCGUACCGCUUCAUCAAGCAGAGUUCCAAUGAGACAAACACCUCGCUGACGGGCUCCUACAACGUGGACACUCCUUCGCUGACGGCGGAGCCCUCGCUGGACGCCGGCGACUCGCAUUCGGCGACGGGAAUUAGCAUUAGCGUUGGCGCUGUGGGCGGCGCUGCUACGGCGCGUUACCAGCCCAUACGUACCGCCUCGGUGGGCGCUGCCGAUGGCAGGCGUUUGCGGGAGGAGAGCUCCAGUUCGCUGGACCUAAGCGCCUCGGGGCCAGUGACGAUGCAGGCAGCGCCGGCACCGCCAGCGCGUCCAAUGCUGCUGAAGAAACAGUUUAGCGUGGACCAGGGCAAGCCCUCUCAACCGGCCGAGGCAGUGCCUCAGACACCGGAAGCUGCCCAGGCUGGUCAGGCCAAACUGAUUUCCACGCUCAAGCCGCAGCCCUUUGCGAGCAAGCUGGGCAUGAAUGUACUAAAGGAGAGCAGCUCCAGCACGGAGGAGUCCGGCGCUUCGUCCGCCAAGAGCAGUAACCCGGCUCUAUCCAUACCCCAGAUCAGCACACAUCUGGUACAGGACGAGAUCGCCAAGCUGUCGUCGAACAUUAAGAGCAGCACCGAAUCGGAAAAGGACCCGCCGUUCAACGAGACAAUGUGUUAGCAAAUUAGAAGGGGCAGGCCCAUGCAUCAUUGGUGCUACAUAUUCGUUAUCAUGUGCUCAAUGGGGAAAACUAGUCAUAGGAGUUGGGUGAUAAAAAUGUUAAAGAACUAGCGUUGGGAUCUAGUAAACAGAUAUCAGAGAUUAUGCAUAUUUAUUCGAGGAGGGGUCGCAAAGUUACAUAAGUGUUAAUUAUUUUGACAAUACAUAGUUCACAAAUUCUCUGUAUUUUUAUACAAGUAUUUAUUUAGAAAACGUCAUUGUUGUUGUUGUUGUACACUCUACAGGCAGGAGGAUAUAGAUGAUCUGUUUUUCGUUAGUUGUCAAUAGAAAACCACCUAAGAAAGAAGCAUAUUGAAAAAGGCCUGAGUUAUGCGAAGCACAUAUUCAAAUAUUCGAUACUUUUACAAACUCUUAGAUGUAGUCAGUCAUACAUAUUGCAAAUGUUGCAUGCAAAUUACACACAGACAUAUCUGGAAGCAACCACUCUACUUUAUCCAAGCCGAUCAUGAGCUCUUACCUCAACUCAAUUAGAAACUUAUCGCAGCCUAAUGUACUUAUACCUGUAACUCGAGUUACCCAUAUACGAUAUCCCAUAUGAUAUCAGCUCUUCUGUAAUGUGUGUGUGUCUGUAUGUGUGUGUGUGUUAGCAUAACGUGUAUUACGUAUCCUUAGAUAGUCCAUUUUACUUGCUUAUAUGGGAAAAAUUCAUGUAUUCUAUGUGCAGCUGCCCAUUUUUUGGCGGCCCUAGAUAUUAUUGUACAUAAAUAGUGUUAAUGUUAUUAGGUAUAUGAAAAGAUUGCUAAAAAUUGUUCAUGUUUGGCCAGUGUGUGCUAAUUAUUUAAAUUAGUUCUUAAAUAUUUUCAAGGAUUAAGCGUAACAAUGCAUUUUAAUGAACUAUUUAUGAUUGUACUUACAUAUUUAUUUUAAGAAUUCUAUGUUAUUUUUAUCAAAAUAAAUUAUUAACACUUUAAGCAUUUCAAUUCAUAAAGCUA